AUGUUAGCGGAGGCCGGGGAGAGGGAGGCGCUCGGCGGCGAGCGCGGGGCCGCGGGGACGCAGGAUGGAGCUCGUGCGGUCCGGCCCGCCGGCCUCUGCCCCGCGCCACCCGGGGCGCGUCAGAGCCGAUUUAUCGGAAUUCGCGCUUUAAUCUCAGGUGGACCCCGGGGGCCGGGCCGAGAGCAAGCGGGGCGCUGGCCCGGCGGCCGCGGCCUCCCGAGCGGCCUCCCGCGCCCGUCAAAUGUCAACAUUUGUUCCCAAUAA